CAAUGAAACAACACACAAUUGUUUUUAUUUAUACAUAGAAUAUUUUUGUAUAAACAAAGUACAUUGUGCAAUGAAAAUGAAAAGAUCAGGGAUUUACGUUUGCUUGACAUAUCUAGCACUGAUACAGGGUGUAUUAUGCCUGGUCGAGCUUGAGUUGUCAGUGAUGCAGUUGGAUAACCCACUUGGAACCUCAUACACAGGGCAGACUAGCGGAAGUGGAAGAAAGUGUUGUGAUUCAGGGGGAAGUAACUGUCAAAACGUCACAGACAAAUGUGAUGUUUAUUUCACUUUUUGCGUAGGAAGCCUCAGUAAUGACCCGAAAAAUGCAGGAUGUAAUGGAACUUAUAUAGACAUGCAGAAAGAUGUAUCACACGACGUGUUGAAAAUUACAGAUAAUAAAAAACUGAAACGUUUCGUUAACAUUACAUCUUGGACAAAGGGAAGCACAAUGCUUAUUGUGAAUGUGUUGGAUAUGGACGAAUUGACAAGCCUUGGUUCAGGCCUUCAUAUCUUUCCUGAUCUGGUUGAUUCAUUCAACAAGGCAGUGGACUUCGAUCCUGCACCGAACUAUUGGGCAGCGACGGAGAGAAUAGUAUCUAUGGUUGGUCAUGUAAGCCUUGACAUUCGACUACGUGCGUGGUGCGCUUCAGGUUGGUAUGGAAAUUCAUGUGAACAUCGGUGUAAUGUGGAUUCCUUCCAUGAAUGUACAAGCUCAGGUGCCAAAACUCCACUACAAGAAUGCACAGAUCCAGACACAAUUGUUCUGAGCGUGAAAGAGUCUAUUUCAACACUACCAAAUGCUUCUAGUAUCCAAAGUUAUUUGGUUGACAUCUUAGCAAAUUACGCAUGUGUUAAAACAACGGGAAACAUCAGCGUAAACAUCUUUGAAGUCAGAGAAAAAAGCCAUGGAUAUAUAGACAUUGUUUUCAAUGGUUACUGUGACAACAGACCGGUUUCCAGUCUAAAAUUUAAAGAAAUGGAGUAUGUAAUGAACACAGUAAAAACAAGACUGGUUCCUCUGGAUGAUUAUUUUGGUGCCCCUAUGAUAACGCCAGCAAUAAACUUCGUCCAAGAUAAUGUGGGAGAAAUGAUCAUUUUAGUCAGAAUAGUACACUUCAAACAUUUGCUGUUAGGAGACUGCUCGACGAGAACAGAUACACGAUGUAAUCCUACAGUUCAUAUAUCAUUUUCCUGGACUACGGCAUACGCUAUCACUUCCGUGGUAAAAACUGGAGAACUAACGGACUGUGAUGGUGACCUUGUUGACCUGAAUAAACAUCAGUCUUCCAUGACCACACCCAAUUCUACAAUGCUCUUUCUUGUGGGGAGCCUACCUAAUGGUCAAAGCAACAACCUCUAUGUGGAGGUCCGCACCAGAGGUUCCAGUACUUCAAUGGCGAAACACAUAUUUUCUAUGUCUAAAGUAGUACUUGGGACUACCUUCUAUGACUCGUACCCGAAAAGGUUUCAAAAUUCAACGAACGGAAACACAAUACUGACGCUAGAGGUGAUGGCGUGGUGCGGUACUUGUCAGCAAGGUGACGGUUGUCGGACAAAAACCACUCAAACGUGCGAUAAAAGUGUAACCAUAGUAAAAUCCGACUGUAGUUCAAAUGAGGAUUGUAAAAAUAAAGGGAGAUGCGUAGGACGAACUUCCUGUAUUUGUAGACCAGGUUGGACAGGCCCAGUAUGCAACACGGACAUAGACGAGUGUGCUUUUGGGGUUUGCGCACAUGCGGACUCAUGCACAAACACACGUGGAGGGUACUUUUGCACGUGCUCAGACGGGUUUACUGGUAAAAACUGUGAUGUUGACAUUGACGAAUGCGUCACUCGACCUUGCAGAUCAGGUCUGGCAUGCUUGAAUGCAUAUGGAACCUACCAUUGUAUCGGCGUCUGCGCAAACCGUAAAGUAGGUAAAUAUUGCACUGGCAGCAUUGACUUCUGUAGGAACGACCCUUGUCUACAUAACGGAACAUGUUCAAGUUCCGCUUUCAAUUUUUAUUGCAACUGCAACAACGGCUGGACAGGCUCAACUUGCCAAACAAAUGUGAAUGAAUGUACGAACGCAACUCUGUGUCAAAAUGGCGGCAUGUGUAAAGACACACCGGGAUCGUUUUAUUGCGCAUGCUCAAACAAUUUCACCGGAAAUUACUGUGACAUUGAUGUUGACGAAUGUCUGGAUCCUACUGCGUGUAAAAACAACGGUACAUGUAAUAACAAUGAAGGAGGAUUUUCGUGUAAUUGUCCUACCGGAUUUUCAGGGGAUACGUGUGACCAAGAUAUUGAUGAAUGCGCCAAUUUUAAUACCUGUCUAAAUGGUAUUUGUACAAACACUGUUGGAGGAUUUAAGUGUGAUUGCUUAUCAGGUUGGGAUGGCGCCAAUUGUGACGUCGAUAUUGACGAAUGUGUAGAUCAUGGCUCGUGCAAAAACAACGCUUCUUGCGUAAACAUGAACGGCAGCUAUGCGUGCAAGUGUCAGAAUGGCUUCACCGGAACCAUGUGUGAAUCUGAUAAUAACGAAUGUGGUAGCGGCCCUUGUCUAAAUGGUGAUUGUUAUAAUACAUUUGGUGGAUAUAGAUGUAUGUGCUACCCAGGUUGGAAUGGCGAUAACUGCGAUAUUGAUAGGGACGAAUGUCUAUCUAGGGAUCCAUGUGUUAACAGCGGUACUUGUGUUAAUACCCCUGGCAGCUACCGUUGUAACUGUACUAAGUACUGGACCGGAGAUCACUGUCAAACUGACGUGAACGAAUGCGUGGAAAGAUACGCUUGCAAUUAUGGAGGGAACUGUACUAAUUCAGUUGGAAGUUUUAGUUGUUCUUGUUUCCGCGGAUGGAUGGGAGAUACUUGUAACGAUGAUGUGGACGAAUGUCUCACGCAGAUCUGCAAAAACGGCGCCACGUGCAUAAAUAAUGAUGGCGGGUAUACAUGUAACUGCCCGAGUAACUGGGGCGGGGAUAAUUGUACAAAUGAUGUUAAUGAAUGUAAUUUGUAUUCCCCAUGCAAAAAUGGAGGCACAUGUAAGAAUAGUGUUGGAAGCUAUAAAUGCGAAUGCCCAACAAAUUGGACUGGUAUAAACUGCACCGAUGACAUUGAUGAAUGUCUUUCAGCGAACCCAUGUCUUAAUGGCGGCACUUGUAACAAUACAGACGGAUCAUAUACAUGUAAUUGUCCAACCGAAUGGACAGGUCAUAAAUGUGAAAGCGACGUUAACGAAUGCCAUCUAAUGCCAUGUGCAAACAACGGUAGCUGUUCUAAUGCUAACAAUGGAUAUGUCUGUACAUGCACCACCGCAUGGACUGGUCCAACUUGUACUGUUAAUGUUGACGAAUGUUCUAAAUAUAGCGAAAUAUGCAAUCACGGUGUCUGUAAGGAUUCUGUCGGAAGUUACCAUUGUGAUUGCAUUAGCGGAUAUCAAGGUCAGAAUUGUUCACUAGACAUUAAUGAGUGUAGUGCAUCUGAUGUGUGUAAGAAUAGCGGUACUUGCGAAAAUACAGUAGGCUCAUAUAUGUGUCAUUGUUCGACAGGGUGGACCGGAAAAAAUUGUACUGAUGAUUUUAACGAGUGUCUGGAUCAAAACCCUUGUCGUAAUGGCGGUACUUGUGUAAACGUAAAUGGAGGUUUUCAGUGUAAUUGCAAAGCAGGAUGGACUGGAAAAUCUUGUGAAACAGAUUUUAACGAAUGUAUUGAAAUACCGUGCUUAAAUGUUGGAAAUUGUAUCAAUACACCGGGCAGUUUCCAUUGUGAUUGUGUAGAAGGGUGGGAGGGAAAUACUUGUCAAUCAAAUAAAAACGAUUGUCUAACGGUAAAAUGUCAAAAUGGUGCCAAAUGCCAAGAUUUAGUGAAUGAUUAUACAUGCGUUUGCACGAACGGCUAUACAGGAAAAGUUUGCGAUAUCAACAUUAACGACUGCGCGCCUAAUGCAUGUCAAAAUGGCGGAAUAUGUCACGAUCAUGUCGGGUAUUAUGAAUGCGUCUGUCCAAAAGGAUGGGACGGUCGGGUGUGUAGUGCAGACGUUGAUGAGUGUAAGGAUCGUCCAUGUCAAAGAGGGGAAGCGUGUCAUAAUAAUCAAGGUAGCUACGCGUGUAUAGCGGAGCAUUUCGAAUCUCUGUCUACUUCCUCAACUACUACUCAUGUCCAGGCAACAACUAUUGUAGGACUAAAACUGGAAGAUGCCAUGCGUCCAGGCUGUACAACCAGUGGCUGGAACAUCUCCAUUGAUUUGUCAAUACUUAAACAACUGUAUCCAACGGUAACACCAAGUCAUGUUUAUUUUGGAGACAAUUCUUGCCGUGGGAAAGUCACUGGGACAACUUUGGUAUUUCAGCAAGGCUUCCGUGACUGCCUGACAAGUGAAAGGGUAUCUAGUGACACGCUGUUAUAUGAAAAUGAUUUGUUCUACGCAAUUUAUGAUCCAAUUAAUCCAUUUAUAAUACGUCAACAUAAAUGGACUUUUACCGUUGAAUGUGACGUCAGCCGUAAUGAAGCAACGUCUUCCCAUGUCCACCAUGACGUCGAUGCACACCAUGCCGCCGUUGCCAGUCAUUACGAUAUCAAAAUGACAUUCUUUAAAGAUGCAAAUUUCAUGAAUCAGAUAGCAGGAAAUCCAGUUCAUGCAAGCAUUGGUGAUGAUAUAUACGUAAAAGUAUUCACUAGUGCCGCUGACUGGACCGUAAAAAUGCGACUUCAUACCUGCUAUACAAAACCUACGGACGAUGCCGCUGAUGAUAUGACAUAUUUCUUUAUCAAAGACGGAUGCGAGGUAGACAGUAAUACACACAUUAUAUCCCAGUCAACGCACGAGACGAGAUUCGUGUUCCGGGACUUUGAGUAUUCUACAAACAAGGAAGGUCUUAACAUCUACUGUAAUGCCACGUUUUGUGAAACCAAAGAUUAUUCUCCAGGAUGUGCGCAGUCUUGUGUAUCGCAGGGAACACAAGCUCUUGUUGGAAAAUAAAAUUUAAUGAAAUAUAUCCGUUGAAUUUCUGAAAUACGUACAAAAAUAUUUUCUACUUACCAUAUAUCAUUAAAUUUUGACAAAACUGCUAUUGAGGGGAUAAUAAUAUGUUUGUCAAUUUCUGAAGUAACGUGUUUAAAAACCCCAGUUUCCUUUAUUUAGGUUACUGACCGUUCCAAGGCGGUGCCCCUAUUUUCAACAGGUUGUUUUGUCUGUCUUGUAUUGUGUGUUGCGUAUGUUUUCUUGUUUGUUGUAAGCGUUUUUCCUCCGCCCUACUCCCCCUUUUGCCCUCUCCUUUCCCUUGCAUUUACGCUACUUUUUGCAUCCCAUCCCCUUUACUUUUAGUAUGUUUUCAUGGCUCCUCUUUAUUUUGGCAGCCGAAUCCUAAGACGGUACUUGACGGUCUGCGCUAUUGUGGUUUACGUUUUAGUGCGACUGUUUUUAGAGAACAUGACUCCCUUGUAUAUUUGUCCAUGUUCAACUUUCCCCUUCGGAUUCCUCCCCACCCCGACCCCAU